ACACCAUAUUUAUUUCAAAGUUAAUUUUCUCUCUCUUCACCAAAGAAAUCUGGAAAACUCUCUCAUUCUCAAACAAACCCUAGCCGUCGCCUCCUCCUCCCUCCUUCAGUUUCUCCGGCGGUCGUUACAUUGCUCCACCAUCUUCAUUUUUGAAAAUCCAUCACCAUAAAAAGAGUCCCCUCCAUCUUCUCUACAAAACCCAUUUAAAAAUAUCCGGAACGGACAACCUUCGCCGGUGACCACCACGCCGGAGCUUGCAACCACCGCGCCGGGAAAGAGCUUACGUGUUUUCAUCCCAAUCUUAAAGCAAUGGCAUGGAGAGGACAACUUUCAAAGAACAUCAAAGAGCUUCGACUUCUGAUGUGCCAGUCAUCACCUGCAAGCUCAUCUGCAAGGGCUUUUGUUGAAAAGAAUUAUAAGGAACUGAAGACAUUGAACCCAAAACUGCCCAUAUUGAUCCGUGAAUGCAGUGGAGUUGAACCCCAAUUGUGGGCAAGAUAUGAUUUGGGUGUUGAGAAAGGCAUCAAACUGGAAGGCAUGACAGAGCCACAGAUUUUGAAGGCACUCGAAGAUCUGGUAAAAGCAGGACAAUCCAAAGCUUGAUAUUACUGCUUAUUCACGUUCUGAAAUGGAAUAAAUGUUAUGUUGCAAUUCUUAUUACAAUGUGUUUCUUGGUCAUUUUUUAAGAGUGAAUCUGUUGAGUCUAUGUUGAAAGACUUGAUGCAUUUUGAGUACAUUUAUCGCGGAUUAAAUCUAUUUUAUCUGAUUAAGCAAGCAGGGCAUAAGCACUCAAUGUUAUUUCAA